AAAUAAAUAUACAAAAAUACAAAUACACUAAUGCCCUGCUUCGUUCGAGAGAAGAGCUUAUCGAACUGCCUUCGGGGGGAUAAGCAAAAGGAUAGGGAUGUAACAGCUCCAAAGCCAGUACAUCCUCGAGCUUUACGAUUCCAUGGACUUUUUGGCAUGUCCUUUGUGCGUCAGCAUGCAAUGAUAGACGAACGAUGGACCCCAAACUCUUUGACCGAGCAAUUUGGUGGCAUGACCGAUUUGCUAACUCGUCGUGUCGUUUUCAAACGCCAUGAAACAACGGCCAAUCGGCAAAACUAUGUUGAGGAAAGUAAGAAGUUAAAAUUGCAGUGUCGCGAUGGACGGGCCAAACUUCAAAACAUCCUCACCGGAAAUAAUUCCCAUAGGAUUAGAAAUUUUCUAAUCAACCACAAGGAUAUGCAGCGUCUCUAUCAGAGAAUGCCCAUACACCUAGUUGUUGAUAACAUUAAUCAGCGGACUUUUACAAUGCGAAAAGAGCGAGAUCGUCUGGAGUGUCGAUUGGGUCAACUAAAGCAUCGGUAUAGAGAGUUACUGCUCGAUCGUGGCUUGUUGGAAAACCGCAUUAACUAUCAGAAUGAGUUUGCUUUAGAAGAAGAAAUCAAAUCGCGUGAUUUUAUCAAGAAAAUUGAAAACUCUAAUGUGCGUCUAAAGGCCAUUAAGACCAUUAAUAGUACGUAUCAAAAAAUGAUACAGGUGUUGCGACACGAUGCAAUAUUUUAUGAGCCCAUUCUCCGAUCUCUCGCUGCUGAUAUGGAAGAUCAGGCGAAUUUCAUAAAGCACAUACUUUAUCUGGGCAUGCCGGCAAUAGUAAAAUUUAAGGAGCUAAAUGACCAGUAUCGACAUCUAGAGGCGAAGUCCCGCAAAAAUCUUCAGGCAAAGUUACAAAUGUUGGGCUCUUUUAAGCCGCGUAAAAAUGUCGGCUCUAUUAAUGCCAAACACGAAAAGGAGAUGCCCCAGAGCGCAGAUCCCAAUCGAUAUUUCCGUGAGACGCGCAGCAUGCUGGUACUGAAGCUUGUGUUAAAGUCCGUUGAGAAGACCAUAACUGAGAUGAAAAUGGUUACGUUAUGCUCGCAAGCAAGGGAAAUAUAUCCACGUAUGAAGAGCCAGGUGGACAACAAUGAGAAGCUGCGUCGAACUAUCGAAAGUGAUAUGAUGGCUCAUGAGAUGCUCGAGGAUAAAAUGAAAAGCGCUAAUGUGUUAAAGGGUGUGCUGGUGAAUAAUCUAUCGGAGGAGGAAAUCAAUCGACUUGAGCGCAUAAAGGACUUGAAAAAAGUUAUGGAAUACGAAUCAAAAUUUGAGCGUGAGACGUUGGACUAUUUGAAGAAUCGUGGCGAUGCUUUUGUGAUGUUACGAGUGAACAUUUGGAAUCUCAUUGAGAUUCUGAGGCACAUAGAUCGUUCACCAAAAUUACUGCGUACGCAGUAUCCAAAUUCGUAUUUGAAGUUGCCUCUUCUUAAAUUCGAGAUGCUCAAUAUGCGCGCUGCAGCACCAGAGAUUUACGAGGAAAACAUUGAUGCUGUAAUGCACAUAUUGAAGCGUAAAGUUUACAAAUUGAUGAAAGGCUACUUGGUGGAAAUGAGUCCGUCGAUUAUAGCUCGUAAUAAGGAAGAGUAUCAUGCCGAUUUUCUUGCCAGUCUUGAAAUAGUCGAGGAAAUCGAUGACGAUGAUCAACAGUCUGUGUUGCCAGAGGAUCUGCUCGUCGAAAACAAGUACAAUGUUCAUGUGCCAAAUCGCAAACAGAUCAAGGCCCAGAGUGCCAAGUUCCUGGAUGAGCUUGCGAAGCGGGAUGAAUAGCGCACAAUAUAUUAAGUUUCCUAUUUAGUUAUACCAUCCAAAAUACGAAGUUACAGUUUUCUGAGUGCAGGGGGCCAAAUUUGUAAAGUAAAUAGCGAUCUCUCUGUAAAGUAAUGCAACAAAUUUACUCAUAAUAAAUAGCAACCAGAAACAAAAAAAUUAAUAAAU